UUGGGCAAGGAGCGACCCAUGACAUACCUAAGACAAAAGUUACUAGGAUAGCCGGGGGCUUGUCUUCCGGGUGGCGCCAAGGCCAGGAAACUGUCCUCUCUAACCUACUUCCCCAGAGGAGUCUAAAUUGGCCCUUCCACUACCAGCAAGGACAAAAGAGAGGCUGGAGCCCCCAGGGGCAGCCAGAGCGCUGAUGCUGCAAAGGGCCUCUGUCCUUCCUGGAGAAGCCCAGUCUUGCUCAACUGUCUUCUUCGGCAACAAACAGAAGUUAAGAAAGAGAAAUAGUCGUGGAUGAACCUGUUGUUGGGAUGAUAAGUUACUGAGCACCUACUACGUGCCAGGCACGCCAACCUUACCAGACAAGAUCCUUGGGCUCAUGGAAUUCACUUUCUCGUGGGAGAGAGAAACAAUAAACACGUAGAAACAUUAUCAGCUGGUGACCAUGCAGCUGGUGCCCCAAGAGGGAGCCCCCUUGCUUAAGUCCUCCAGGAGGGCGAUGGAGGAGAUGGCAUUCAAACCACCCUCAUGGAUGCCAAGAUAUGGAUGCAGAGAGGGAAGCCCUGCAGAGUGCCGCCUACCUGGAAGUAGACCUUCUGCCAGAAGCAUGGCUUGAUGUUUGAGGUUGUUGAUCUGAGGUGGGGUAUUCGGAACACUGAAGCCACUGACCACUUGACCACAGAACUCUGCUUGGAGGAGGUCGACCGGUGUUGCCAAACAUCCAUAGGGCCAGCUUUUGUUGCCCUCAUCGGUGAUCAGUACGGCCCCUGUCUGGUUCCCUCGCAGAUUGACGAGAAGGAGUGGGAGGUAUUGAGGGCCCGGCUGACUGCCAGGCCGAGUGACCUGGAGCUGGUGGCAAGGCACUUCCGCAGGGAAGAGAAUGCGGUUCCUCCCGCCUACAUCCUGCAGGCACCAGGUAAUGGGGAGGCCUGCGAGCCAGAGGAGGCCACCCUAACUUCUGUCCUACGCUCUGGAGCCCAGGAGGCCCGGAGGCUGGGCCUCAUCACCCAGCAGCAGUGGCACCGCUACCACCGGUCAGUCAUUGAGUGGGAGAUAGAGCGGGGCCUGCUGAGCUCAGAGGGCUGGGACCAGCGAGCCACUAUCUUCCUUCGAGAUAUCCAAGACCUCCACAAACACGUCCUGGAGGACUGCGCCCUUAUGAUGGUGGACCGGCUCGCAGAUGGCUGCCUGGACAUGGAUGCCCAGAGCCGUCUCAGCAGCCUCAAGGCUCACAUCACUGACGUGCACCCCGGGGUCCUCAAGGCGCACUGCCUGCCAUGGAGCCGGGAUCUGGUGAACCCCAAGAACAAGACUCACGCCCGCUACCUGAAGGAGCUGGGUGAACAGUUUGUGGCAAGGGCCAAUCAUCAGGUCCUCGAACACCUCCGUGAGCUAGAUGUGGCCAGGCAGGAGAUGGCGUGGCUCUACCAAGAGAUCCGCCACCACCUUUGGCAGAGCUCGGAGGUCACCCAGACUUUCUGCGGACGCCAGGAACUCCUAGCCCGGCUCAGUCAGCAGCUCAGGCAGGAUGACAGCAAGCCACACACCCCCCUGGUACUCUUUGGAGUCCCGGGCAUUGGAAAGACGGCCCUGAUGUGCAAGCUGGCUGAGCAGAUGCCAAGGCUGCUCGGGCACAAGACAGUGACCGUCCUGCGGCUGCUAGGGACGUCGCAGAUGAGCUCGGAUGCCCGCGGCCUGCUGAAGAGCAUCUGCUUCCAGGUGUGCCUGGCCUAUGGGCUGCCCCUGCCCCCUGCCCAGGUCCUGGAUGCCCACACCAGAGUGGUCCACUUUUUCCACGUCCUCCUCCACACUGUCUCUUGCAGAAACUUUGAGUCUCUUGUGCUCCUGUUGGAUGCUAUGGAUGACCUGGACUCUGUCCACCAUGCUCGGAGGGUGCCCUGGCUGCCUCUUAACUGCCCCCCAAGGGUGCACCUCAUCCUCUCGGCUUGCUCAGGGGCACAGGGGAUUUUAGAUACCUUACAGCGGAUGCUCCCCGACCCGGAGGCCUACUGGGAGGUGAAGCCCCUCUCUGGAAACCAAGGCCAGGAGAUGAUCCAACUCCUGCUGGCGGCAGCGAAGAGGACACUGAGCCCCGUGCACACAGAUUUGCUCUGGGCCAGCCUCCCGGAGUGCGGGAACCCGGGGCGGCUGAGGCUGGCCUUUGAGGAGGCCCGGAAAUGGGCCUCCUUUACUGUGCCUGCCCCUCUGGCCAGCACCGCAGAGGAAGCUACGCACCAGCUCUGCGCCCGCCUUGAGCAGACACACGGGCGGCUCCUCGUGGCCCACGUGCUGGGCUACAUUGUCUCCUCCCGGCAUGGUCUCUCGGAGGCAGAGCUGAAGGAUGUCUUGUCCUUGGACGACGAGGUCCUGCAGGCUGUGUACCAGGACUGGACCCCGCCCAGCAAGGAGCUGCUGCGAUUCCCACCCCUGCUGUGGGUGCGGCUUCGUCGGGAUCUGGGAUACUGCUUGGCCCGGCGGCCUGUGGAUGGCUCCACCCUCCUGGCCAUUGCCCACAGACAGCUGGUCCAGGUGGUCCGUGAGCGCUACCUGUCGGGGUCCGAGAGAGCCGAGAGGCACGGAGUCCUGGCCGACUUCUUCUCGGGGACCUGGAGCCAGGGUACCAAGAAGCUCAUCACUCUGCCACUUGUGGGGAAACCCCUCAACUUGGACCGAAAGGUGGCCCCUCAGCCUCUGUGGUUCUCAGACACAGUUGCAAACCUGCGGAAGCUGAAGGAGUUACCCUAUCACCUACUUCACUCGGGCCGCCUGGAGGAGCUGAAACAGGAGGUGCUGGGCAGCAUGGGCUGGAUUUCCUGCCGGGGCAUCUCUGGGAGCAUCGAAGACCUGCUGGACGACUUUGACCUCUGUGCCCCUCACCUGGACUCUCCUGAGGUCGGCCUGGUCCGUGAAGCCCUCCAGCUGUGCCGCCCUGCUGUGGAGCUCCGAGGCAUGGAGAGGAGCCUCCUGUACACAGAACUGCUGGCCAGGCUCCAUUUCUUCGCCACCUCACAUCCAGCACUGGUGGGACAGCUAUGCCAACAGGCCCAGAGCUGGUUUCGGCUCUGUGCACACCCUGUGCUGGUGCCCCUCGGAGGAUUCCUCCAGCCCCCAGGAGGACCCCUCCGGGCAACCCUCAGCGGUUGUCACAAAGGUAUCACCGCCAUGGCGUGGGGUGAGGAGGAGAAGCUGUUGGUGAUUGGUACCCAGGAUGGCAUCAUGGCUGUGUGGGACAUGGAAGAGCAGCAUGUGAUCCACAUGCUAACUGGACACACAGGAGAGGUGAGGUGCGUGAAAGUAUUUGCCAAAGGGACCCUCGCCAUCUCUGCUUCAAAGGAUUACACACUGCGCUUGUGGAACUUACUCUCUGGCCGGGAGAAAUUUACCAUUUGGGAUGGAAGCUCAAAAAAUCUCACUGGACCUCAGACCUGGAGCCUUCAUGUGAAUGAAGCACACAAAGUUGUAUAUUCGGCAUCUGGCUCAAAGAUCAAUGCUUGGAAUCUGGAAACUGCAGAGCUGGUUUUCCAUAUCCUGGGAGAUGCCUCUGAUCCUUGGAUGUGCAUGGCUGUGCUGGACUCCCAGGCCACGCUGCUGAUGGUGUCCAGGGUUGGUGUGGUCAGUCUGUGGAACUCAGCCACGGGAAAACUUCAGGGGAAGCAACACAUGUCCAGCAUCAAAGAGGAAACACCCACCUGUGCCGUCUCAGUCCAGAAGCAAGGGAAGCUUGUUACUGGGUUUAGCAAUGGCUCCAUCUCUUUGGUGUCCUCCGAAGGGGACAGAUUGCUGGAGAAGCUUCCAGAUGCUGUGAGGUUCCUGGUGGUCUCUGAAGAUGAGUCUCUCCUCGCCGCAGGCUUCGGAAGGUCUGUGAGGAUAUUCUUGGCAGACUCUUGGGGCUUUCACCAAUUCAUGGCCGCGGAUCUGGAACACGAGGACAUGGUGGAGACAGCUGUUUUUGGUACUGAGAACAACCUGAUCAUCACGGGGUCCCUUGAUGCUCUUGUUCAGGUGUGGAGUCUGUCAGAACAGGGGACCCUGCUGGACAUCCUGGAAGGCGUCGGGGGCCCCGUGAGCCUGCUGGCCUCCUGUGGGGCUUUGGUGGCAUCUGCUUCCUGGCAGUCCUCGUCUUUCAAGGUCUGGGAUCUCAGCAAUGCUCAUAGGCCCCGGGCCCCUGCGCCAUUUCUGGACCGCACCGGCCUCACUGCAGUGUCCCACAACGGAAGCUACGUCUACUUCCCCAAAAUUGGGGACAAAAACAAAGUCACUAUUUGGGACUUGGCAGAAGGUGAGGAACAAGAUUCCCUGGACACCUCCAGUGAGGUCAGGUGUCUGGAGGUCGCUGAGCAGCACAAGCUCCUGUUCACUGGCCUCGUGUCGGGGGUUGUUCUUGUGUUUCCCCUGAAUUCCAGGCAGGAUGUGAUAUGCAUUCCCCCUCCCGAGGCCCGGAAAGCGGUCAGCUGCAUGUCCCUGAGCAAGCGGGAGGACCGCCUGGCCAUCGCCUAUGACAGCAUCGUCCUGGUGCUGGACAUCAGCCCCGGGGACCCUUGCCCACUCAUCGAUGGCCCAAGGUAUACCUUUUAUACCCAGCUGCCCGAGACCAUCUCAAAUGUGGCCGUUCUGACGGACUACCGCGUGAUCUACAGCAUGACCAACGGGGACCUCUUUCUUUACGAGUGUGCAAAUUCCAAAGCGUUUCCCUUGGAGGCCCACAGGAGCCGAGUCACGUGUGUGGAGGUCAGCCACAAGGAGCAGCUGCUGGCCAGCGGGUCUGAGGAUGCCCUGCUGUGUCUCUGGGACCUACAGGCAUGGAAGCGGAUAUUCGAGAUGACCUACACGAGUUCUUACUGCAGAGGGGUCCAAUGUGCUUGCUUCUCCAAGGAUGACAAUUACGUGUACGUGGGCUUAAAGGAUCGCUCCAUACUUGUCUGGAGUGUGCUGGAUGGCACGCUACUGACAGUCCAGUUUGUCCAUGCUGUGGUAAACAGAAUCAUCCCAACCACCAGUGGCUUCAUUGCCCCCACCAGGCAUGGUUAUCUGAUCCGAGAGCGUUUCCAGUGCCUUUUAGCAAGAGCCUCACAGCAGGACCCUCACAAGGACUUCAAGAAGGCAGUGUGGAUGGUCAAAUCCAGGCAGAGAGAGGCGCUAGCAGCAGCUGCAGGAGCAUUUCAGGACUUGGAGUCAGAGAGUGCCCAAGGAAAUGAAUCCAAGUCAAACAAAUGUUCACAAGUCUGCCUGAUAGUUUAAAAAAAAACUCUGGGGGGGUAUAACCUCCAAUGACUUAGCCCUAUUUAAUCUGGUUAAAGCAAAAAGAAUAUGUUUGCUGGUGUAUAUUUGGACCCAUGGCUUCAGAUUACAUGACCCAAACCUUGCCUCUUCCCCAUUUUUUCCAUUCUUCUUUCCUCUUCGUCAUUUUCUUUCUUGCCUGCCUGUCUGCCUUUCUUUUCUUUUUCCUUCCUUCCUUCCCCUCUCUCUCUUUCCUUCCCUCCCUCCCUCCCUCCCUCCCUCCCUCCCUCCCUCCCUCCUUCCUUCCUUCCUUCCUUCCUUCCUUCCUUCCUUCCUUCCUUCCUUCUUUUUGGCAGGAGCAGAAGCCUCAAUCUUUGUCAUUUUCAUUCUCAGACCAGCCACCCCAAGUUAGCAACAUGGUGGCUAAUAUGCAGCUGUCUCCAAUUUCAACAGAAAAGAGAGCUUCUCUUUCUACAGUCCUAGCCUCCACUCUGUUGGUCCCAGUUGACCCAUAUGCAUAGCCCUAAACCAAUUGUUAUCUCUGGAAGAAUGCAGAGCUCUAAUUGGCUGAACUGACCCAAUGUCCAUCACUGGGGAUGAAAAUAGAAGAGAUUAUUCCUGAGACCCAAACUGGGGUUCUGGUACCAGGGGAAGGGGGAAUGGAUGAAUGUGAGACAGAGCAAACCACUGAUAUGGACCACAGAACUUCACAGUUUAUAAAGCAUUAGAUGCUGUGAUCUGAUCCUCAUCACAACCCAUGCUUUAGGGAGGGCAGGAGUUUCUGCAUCUAUUUAAUGGAUAAGGAAACUGAGCCUUGCAGAAGUAGUUAUGAUUUAAUUCAGGUCAUGAGUCUGGGGUGCAAGGGAUCUAAGAGCAAGCCUUCUGUCCCAUUCCUGUUAGACCUCACUCCAAUUUCAGUCUCCAAAACACGACCAUCUCUUCCACAGGUGCCACACUCAAAUGCUCACAGGAGCUAGUGACUGAUCUAGGUACUUCCAUACACCUGAGUGAGCAGCAGAGCGAGAUGGAGACUGGGCCUGUGGAAGGCAGAGAUUGUGUCUUGGGUGGGUGUGAGCAGCCUGACUCUAGCCCAGAAUCACCAUGGCAAAACCGGCCGUCUGCCAUCAGUGCUUUCAAUUGUAGUAAUCAAAGCCAGAAAUCCAGACUUUUAUGCAAAAAUCUUCUGACUUUGAAAGUUGGCAAUUGGUUUAAUUUGUAUCUAUAGCACAUUUGGCAAGUGCGUCUUUGGUUAAUGAGCUGAUUUCAAGACUCAAGCUGGCGGUGAAAACACCAACAUGCUAUAGUUCUUCCAUCUCUAUUCCCUGGCUCCCGAACUUUUGGAAUAAAGAUGUGGUUUUUUCACCUUAAAAACUGAAGGCUCUUGGAAGUAGGAAGAACUGCUGACAUCUCUCUGCUUUGCUUUUGAACCAUCUGCCUUAUGCAAGUUUAACAGUCAAAUUGUUUUCUUUCCACUUAAGUGGAUCUUUCUUCUUUGCCCACAGCCUUCUGAAAGCCUUCUCAGUGUUCUCAGGCUUUUGCUUUAAUGCUAGGAGAGUCUAAAUCUUUAAGGUGGCUAUUUCUCCUUCCCUCUGUGAAAUUCUGACAGUCUCAGAAAAAGCAACUUUAGAAACAGGGGCUUUUGAGCUGAACAAGACCCUACUCCUAUCUUAUUCAUUCAUUUUCCAAACCAGGUUUCUAAGGCAGGUUUUGGCAGUUCUGCAAAUGUUAGUGUCAAAUUUCAUUUAAAAAUAUUUUAAACGGUAACGUUAAAAUGUAUGCUUGGAUGUAUUGGGCAGCAGCUUUUAAGGUGUUGAAGAUUACCAAGGUUGGUGCAAAAAGUAAUUGCGUUUUUUGCCAUUAAAAAUAAUAGCAAAGGCCGGGCGCGGUGGCUCACGCCUGUAAUCCCAGCACUUUGGGAGGCUGAGGUGGGUGGAUCACAAGGUCAAGAGAUCGAGACCAUCCUGGUCAACAUGGUGAAACCCCGUCUCUACUAAAAAUACAAAAACUUAGCUGGGCAUGGUGGCACGUGCCUGUAAUCCCAGCUACUCAGCGAGGCUGAGGCAGGAGAAUUGCCUGAACCCAGGAGGCGGAGGUUGCGGUGAGCCGAGAUUGCACCAUUGCACUCCAGCCUGGGUAACAAGAGGGAAAUUCCGUCUCAAAAAUAAAUAAAUAAAUAAAUAAUAGCAAAAAACAGCCAUGCAAGGUCGCUCAUGCCUGUGGUCCCAGCACUUUGGGAGGCCGAGGUGGGUGGAUCACGUGAGGUCAGGAGUUCAAGACCAGCCCUGAACUCAACUCACACGUUGAGACCCUAUCUCUACUAAAAAUACAAAACUUAGCUGGCUGUGGUGGUGGGCACAGCUACUUGAGAGGCUGAGGCAGGAGAAUCACUUGAACCUAGGAGGUGGAGGUUGCAGUGAGCCAGGAUCGUGCCUUCUCAAAAAAAAUAAAUAAAAAUAAAAAUAAUGGCAAAAACCUCAGUGGCUCACACCUGUAAUCCCAGCACUUUGGGAGGCUGAGGCUGGCAGAUCACUUGAGACCAGGUGUUCAAGACUAGCCUAGUGAACAUGGCGAAACCCCAUUUCUACUAAAAACACAAAAAUUAGCUGGGCGUGGUGGCAUGUGCCUGUAAUCCCAGCUACUUGGGAGGCUGAGGCAUGAGAAUUGCCUGAACCCGGGAGGCAGAGGUUGCAGUGAGCCGAGAUCGUGCCACUGCACCUGAGCAUGAGUGACAGUGAGACUCUGUCUCAAAGUAAUGGCAAAAACCACGAUGACUUUUGCACCAACCUAAUAAUUUAGGAUUUUUCUGCCAUUUUCAUUUAACUGAAGAGCCCAUUUGAAUUGUGAAGGGAGCUCUUGAAAAAAUUGGCUACUCUUUGCCACUGCUUCUCUGUGAAUCAAGGGCUUACUCAAUGCAGAAAUAAAGUGGAUGUUGAGACCAACUACGAUUUCAUCUACAAGCCGGGCAUGGCACCUCAUGCCUAUAAUCCCAGCACUUUGGGAGGUUGAGGCAGGUGGAUCACCCGAGGUCAGGAGUUCUAGACCAGCCUGACCAAUAUGGUGAAACCCUGUCUCUACUAAAAAUACAAAAAUUAGCUGGGCGUAGUGGUGCGCACCUGUAGUCCCAGCUACUUGGGAGGCUGAGACAGGAGAACUGCUUGAACCCAGGAGGCAGAGGUUGCAGUGAGCUGAGAUGGAGCCACUGUACUCCAGCCUAAGUGACAGAGUGAGAUUCCAUCUCAAAAAAAAAAUAUUUCAUCUACAAAUUCUGAUUUUAAAUAUCUGUGUCUAUCUCGACAGCCUCAGCGAGAAUCAAUUGUUUUGUAGGUAAAUCCUAAUUUGAACAUUGGACAUAACUUUUACUAAUAAAAUGCUACACCAAAUCAUUGCUUAUAUUGGGGAUUUUCAUGGUGUUUAUUCAUUUGAAAAAGAGUGUGAUCGCUAAGAAAGUUUGACAGUUGGCUGGUCAAUGCUUGUAAUCCCAACACUUUGAGAGGCCAAGGCAGGAGGAUCACUUGAGUCCACGAGUUUGAGACCCCAUCUCUACAAAAAAAAAUAAUUUUUUAAAAUUAGCUGUUGUUGGAAAUAGAUGGUUGGCGCCACAACGAAAAAUUAGCACUGAGACAAAGAAUUUUUCAGCAACAAAAUCUUUACCUCUUGGACUGCAGGAAGGGUACUCUCACUAACCAUCUCAGAACAAGAGUACAAUGAACAAAGGAAAACAUAAAUUUACUCCUUACGCAUUUGGGGUCGUCCUUACUGCUGUGUCUGAUCUCCGUUGGCUGGAGCCAGACCUCACAAUCUAAACUGAUUGGCUAAUAACUUAAAACUUUUCUAGGCCGGGUGCGGUGGCUCAUGCCUAUAAUCCCAGCACUUUGGGAGGCCGAGGUGGGUGGAUCACGAGGUCAAGAGAUCGAGACCAUUCUGGUGAACAAGGUGAAACCCUGUCUCUACUAAAAAUACAAAAAAAAUUAGCUGGGCAUGGUGGUGCGUGCCUGUAGUCCCAGCUACUCGGGAGGCUGAGGCAGGAGAACUGCUUGAACCCAGAAGGCAGAGGUUGCGGUGAGCUGAGAUCGUGCCAUUUCACUCCAGUCUGGGUAACAACAGCGAAACUUCAUCUCAAAAAAAAAAAACAACUUUUCUUUCUUUUUUUUUUUUAAAAAGAAGGGGAAAAAAAGAAAAAGAGGGAAAAAGGAAUAUUACUUCAUUCCUAAAAUGGGUUUCAGUAAUGGCCGAUCAAUAUUUUGAGUGUUUAAAGUGGUUAAUGCAUAUUUUAUGUGUUUAAAAUGGAGACCUCUAUUGUGUUUAUUUGUUCUGGCUCUGAGUUCAAGUCCUGGAUAUCGUUAUCAAUUUGUUGUCUCGUUGAAUCUAAAUCUCAUUAUGUGUCUUAUGUAUCUGGGUGUUAAGAUCUCUUAUUGUUACAUUAAUCCUUUUACCCUUGCAUCCUUGUAGCUUUGAAAUCUAUUUUAUUAAAUGUGAGAAUUGCAA